GGGAGGUGGAGGGCGACAGACGGACGCAGAGACAGGGCGCUGGCUUCGACGGCCGGGCCGUCCGUCUGUCCGCCCGUCGUCGGAGACGGAUCCACCAUAGCGCUAGGAAGGGGAUGGGAAGGAGGAGGGAGAAGAGACGUAAGUGCGGCAAGGUGAGGGGAUUGGUGAUGCCGCUCGCCCGUGCGCUUGCUUUAUUUAGCUAUUGCAGCAAGUGAUGAAUCACACUGGUUGUUGUCAACUCUACACGACGCUGGAAUAACAGCACUUGUCGUGUGGAAGGGGGUUGGGAGGAGGGAGGUCGGGACGCGGACGAGGGCCGUGUCUUCCUGAGCUUCUUCCCGCGAAGAAGCGACAGGCUAAAAGGCAGGGGUUGCACGUGUGUCGUUAUCCUCGUCGUGGUCGUUGAUUGUUUAAACGACAAACAUGGGGGAGACGAUUCAGCAUGGCGGGGGUGCGCAAGAAAUCGUCCUGGUCACGGGCGGAGCGGGCUACAUAGGCAGCCAUACGGUCGUUGAGCUUCUCCAGCAAGGCUAUUUCGUCGUCAUUGUCGAUAAUCUCUAUAACUCUGCCGAAGAAUGCGUCAACCGGGUCAGAGAGCUCGUUGGAGAUCGUUCUCAAUUCCUGGCCUUUCACAAGGCUGAUAUUUGUGACACAUUGCAGUUAGAUGCCGUCUUCAGGAAAUACAAGACGAGUGCGGUCGUCCAUUUUGCCGGUCUCAAGGCCGUGGGAGAGAGUGUUGCUGAGCCUCUGAAAUAUUAUAAAAAUAAUGUUGCAGGGACUCUCAACCUCCUUGAGUGCAUGAAAAAGUACGAUUGCAAGAAGCUGGUUUUCUCUUCUUCAGCAACUGUAUAUGGGCAGCCCAAGAGUGUUCCCUGCAUGGAAGACUUUCCACUACAGGCGGCGAACCCAUAUGGGAGAACAAAGCUCUUCAUUGAGGAGAUCUUGAAUGAUCUGUACGAGUCGGAUAAAACGUGGAGGAUUAUCAUGCUGCGAUACUUCAACCCUGUUGGAGCGCACCCCAGCGGACGAAUUGGAGAGGAUCCAGCUGGUAUACCCAACAACUUGAUGCCUUUUGUUGAGCAGGUUGCAGUUGGGAGGAGAAAAGAGCUGUCGGUCUUUGGAAAGGAUUAUCCGACGAGAGACGGAACAGGGAUCCGAGAUUACAUUCAUGUGCUGGACUUGGCAGCAGGGCAUGUUGCAGCGUUGCGGAAGCUUGCAGUGACUCCUGAUAUAGGUUGUGAACCGUACAAUCUGGGGACAGGAAGGGGCACAUCUGUGCUGGAGAUGGUCGCGGCAUUCGAGAAAGCGUCAGGGAAGAAGAUACCACUGCGAAUCUCAGAUCGGCGGCCGGGUGACUGUGCAGAGGUCUUUGGAUCAACAAAGAAGGCUGAGGAGGAACUUGGAUGGAAGGCAAAGCUCAGCAUCGAGGAUAUGUGUAGAGACCAAUGGCGGUGGGCAUGUAAGAAUCCUUGGGGUUACAGGGAGCAUUACGCGGCAGAAGCUCAUAAAUCUGCCCCAUCAGCAGGAGAGACAGAAGCCGGCUUGGUAAAGCAGGAGCAGGAAAGUGAGCCUGACAGGAGCAAAGGGGAUGCAGAAACCCAAGCAAAAGAAGCGACAAAGACUGCGCUGCAGGGAAGACAAGUUGUGCCGGUGCGAAGUACAGAUGCGCAAAAAGGAGAAGGCAAGAGCGGCUCCCCAAGUGCGAGAAUGGCCGACAAGCGCGGAAGUGUGCCUGCUAGAAAACUCACAAAGUCUGCGACGGUGGGGCGAUGCGACUUCACGAGUGGGCAAGACAGUGUGGUGAGGGUGCAAGGGAAGCCUGAGAAGGGCUCCUGCAUACGGAAGGGGGUAGAGGAGAAUGUGCAGGCACAUGGCAAGAGACAAGGAGAUGUGGUGUCAAACAUGGGGAAUCCUAUGAGAGGGACAUCAACGAACGGGCACUUCCGCGAUCAGCGUCGGAAGAACGGCUCUACCACCUCUGGUGCAGGGAAUGUGACCUCCGCAUUACCUAGGAGUUUGAGCAUUGGACCUGGAACAGGGACUCACAAGGACAGGUGUCCUCUGAUGAGUAACCGCAGCGGCAGCGCUGAAAGGAGACCGAAAGUGCAAACAGCAGCCGGUUCCUCCGUGCGAGAAUUUGCACAUGAGGUGACAAAUGACAUCUUGUUUCAGAUGACAACCCCACACAGUAGGGUGUCUAUUCCUGCUCUGAUUUACCAUGGUGUAAUGUCAGGCAGGGCCCAGGAUGUGAUGAUGCUCUCCGAUGCCUGCAACAGUGGAUGGAUCGAAGCAGUAGUCGGGGCUCCGCGCGCAGUUCCCCCUAAGGUGCCUUGCAGAAGUACAAUCAUUGGCAGUAAUGAUCUUUCGUUAGGGACGAGGAAUGGUCUGCACCAUGCCUUCCCUUUGCAUAAGAGCAAAAGUAUGGAGUUCAGCGGGAUGUCGAGUCCACUAAAUGGUCUGCAUCAUGCCUUUCCUUUGCCCAAGGGCAAAGGUUUCGAGCGCAGUGUGUCGGCAAGACACCCUGCGCGCUUCAUUUGCGAAACAAUGCAUGUGAGAAGUCACAUGGUUGGCCUUUUCCAGAAGGCAAUCGAUAAGACACCGGCAGCCACAUCGCAUCUCUGUGCUUGAACGAAAGGAAGAGUCAAAACCUUUCUGUAUGAAGGCUUGUCAUGAUUAAGUCGUCGUUAAUCAUUUCCAACUCAGUUCCGUUCAAUAGAGUCGCAAGUGGCUUGUGUGUCUCGAGACAACAACAGCAGGAGGGAGGUAAGCAGAUUACAUUUCAGUGUUUUCACCAGUUAUUUCAGGUUGGUGAGCAGUGAUGAUUAUCAUGUCAUAUAGGUCGUCCCGGUGGAUGGGAUGUUCAGCUGCGAAGGUUUUUCGCAUGAUUAUCAUGUCAUAGGUCGCCCCGGUGGAUGCGAUGUUCAGGUGCAAAGUUCCUUUGCAUGAUUAUCAUGUCAUAGGUCGGCCGGUGGAGGCGAUGUUCAGGUGCGAAGGUCUUUUGCAUUCAAAUGCCAAGGAAAAAUAGGGUGAGUAGAGGAGGGGAAGAAAGAGGCAGCUGCAAACUCAGUAAAGAAGAGUGCAAGGUCACCUGGACACCUUUUAUAUGCAAGAUGCAGAAAACUGAGAACAGGAAGUUUGAUCAGAUAGUACAGAAAACUGGUAUGGAGACUCCCAUGGAUUCCUUUAUCCGGAUGGUCGGCCCCCUUGUUACACAGCCAAUUGACUUUCCCGACGAGAUACACAGACUGAGUGAUCUCUGUCCAUAUGAUACACUUUCUCCCCCUUCACCCCCCUCCCCUCCCUCUCCUCCCCCCUUUCCCCUGGCCCCCGAACCAAGCCGCAUGGGCAUUCAGUGCUGGAUAUUGUGGACUGCCCGUUCUUAGAAUGAUCUUAGAACCUAUUUAUGAACCCCGCUUUUCCACUUAUUUACAUGGCUUCAGACGGGGACGUAGUGCUCACACGGCCCUUAAUGUUAUAAUGGACGCGGCCCGUAAUGUUAUAAUGGGCACCUUUCAUGGUUCUGGUCCCCAAACCAAGCCGCAUGGGCAAUCGGUCCUGGAUAUUGUGGACUGCCAGCUCUCUUACGCAAUGAAAGACAUGGUGCUGUGAACGGCUGCUGCUCCCGAGUAGAGAGAGAAUUACUGUGUUCUACGUGGUGCUGUUUAAGAUGCAGUAGAUGAGGUUUCCCCGGCGCUUCACGGGAACUUAAGAAGCUAGUUGAAGAUGCAGUAGAUGAGGUUUCCCCAGCGCUUCACGGGAACUUGAGAAGUUAGUUGAAUGCCAAUCGGAGGAGGAUGCAUCUGCUAUUAUGCUGUCUCAGCGGUCUUCCACAUUCCGGGAGUUGUGAAUAGCAAGCUUCACCGGAGCUUGGGAAGCUACUUGAACACCAAUGGGAGGAGCAUGCUAUUCUGCUAUUCUGCUAUUCUGCUGUCUCGGCUGAUGGGAGUUGUGAAUAGCAAAGCUUCACAGGAACUUGGGAAGCUAGUUGAACGAUAAUGGGAGGAGGAUGCAUCUGAUGCAUCUGCUAUUCUGCCAUCUCGGCGAUCUUCUAUGUUUCGGGUCUGGAAACUCGGCGGGGUUCCAGCAAUCUUCCAGGGUUCACAUGUGGUCGGAAUCAUGGGUGCUGGAGCCUUUGUUGAUAACCGGAUGAGGAUGAAGCCCGAGUAGGUCCCAUCCCGAGAUCAUGUCGCUGCCCUGCAAUGCUUUCAAUCAGUCGUCCUAUCAGUCAGUUGAAAGCAAAGAACCCCUGAUGUGCCACAAGCGGGAAACGUGGAAAGCAGAUGGCAGUCGUAGUCUGUCGUUCUCUGAUGUGCGGCGGGCAAGCGGAUGGCAGUGCCGGGAGAAUGGCGCAUGUAGGCUCGCAGGGCGUGAGUUUCCUUUGGGGAGCCAUUCAGAAAGGUGCUCAGGGGGAGGGAGGGGAUAGGACGAGGAGAAGCAGAUAAGGGUAGUGGCGUACUGCCCGCACCCUUAUGGACAGCGGAAACUGGAUAAGGGCAGUGCCUUAUUUCUUCUCCACAGCCUAUAUUUGCUUGUUUCGACCGAUUAUCUGUCUGCAUACAUACAAUAAGUGUGUCCCGAUUCGUUCUCGGGAUGACGAUGAGCUGUGUCUGGCUUAUGUGUCCGGGGAGAAGCAGCACAUCCGAUUGCGGCAUCAAUCUGCCAGAGGUUGCACUCAGGUCUGCGAUGACUGUACCCCAACUCCCUACAAGAGUUUUUUUUUUGGUCUGCUUCUCUAAAGGCAUGAGCUUUUGUCAAUCUGUGUCCUCAUAUCUAUGAAUGAUCUCUUUCUGUUUGCUCUUUACACUCGUCAGAGUUUGCGACAUGUCUUUCACCAUGGCGGAGUUUGUGCAGGAAAGUCUUUCACAGUGGCUGAGUUUGUGCAGUCUUUCACCGUGGCGGAGUUUGUGAUGCGUCUUUCACCGUGGCAGAGUUUGUGCAGUCUUUCACGCGUCAGAGUGUGCGACGCGUCUUUCACAGUGGCGGAGUUUGUGCAGGAAAGUCUUUCACAGAGUCUGCGCGUUUUCUCGAGCCUUUUCGUAUGCUCUUUGUGUGUGUCAGAGUUUAUUAGGUGUCCUUCACAGUGGCGGAGUUUACGCAGGGAAGCUCCGCUCAGCUACUCGAGUCUUGAGGGUGUGUUAUCGGGCUUUUUGCAGGGAGGUAAGUAAGAUGUGUGAAUUACCCGGGGAAAGUUUGGCAGUGGGAGUUCGCUGAAGACAUCAAGCUCGGUGUGGGAGGGAUUCGUAUACCUUCCCUAAGGGCAUACUCACACUAGGACCUAUUGUACUAAGCUGUGGACGUGGCUGUGGUCAGAUUCAUCCAGGCAGGUUUGGCCGUAAUUGCAGUCAUGUGCAUUUCGGAAGUGCGAGUGUGAGUAUGCCCUACCACUUGCCGCAGUUUUGUGUGACCCAAAGGGAAUGUAAACGGGUGCGUGACCACCCAGGGGGCGGAUGACGCGAAGAAGGAUGCGUAGCUGCGUCUUACGGCCCGGAAGAUCAUGGAACAUUUAUAGCUCUUGUCCACUUUGACACACUGUUUGUAGCUUUCACUUCUACACUUUUUCAGACUGACCGGGGGGGAUGCACUUCUCGAACUACCGGUAUGUCUGACAACUGCAAUGUUUCUCUGUCAGCCCUCGGAUCUCCAGGGAUGAACGGAGAUACGCUUCCGGCCAGCCAUUAAAAAAAAAAAAAGCCGUAUCCUGCUGAGUCAGCCUCUGCGCUUGCUGAGUCAGCCUCUGUGCUCGCUGCGCUAAUAAUUCAGGUUGUCGCAGGGAGCCUCUGUGCUCGCUGGUCUGUGAUGCAGGUUGUCGCAGGUCUGAUUGAGACAGGGUCGAGUCAGCAGGGAGGAGGUGGUGGUCAAACAUGCAGUCUGAUGGUCUGACGGUCUGACCUUGAUCAGCCAAUCUGUGGUCACUGCACUGAGUUCCAAUCGCUUUAGUGUCAGUACUGUUGCCAGCAUUUACUGUCAGUCACUGAUCCAAAUUGCUCGUCUCAGUUUACUGUCAUCAGUUACGGGACUCAGUUGCUGUACUUGGUUGUUGUCAGUACUGUUGCCAGCAUACAAGUCAGGUUGUGUGACAUGGGUAAUGGGAAUUGUGAAUAGCAAGCUCACUUUGCUUAGUUUCGAUUGCUUUGCGGAAAAUGGUGAUUAUGCCCAUGUAUUGUUCUCUGUUACUGUUUCUCUGUUACUUUUUCCCUGUUACUGUUCUCUGUUACUCUUUCUCUGUUACUGCUCUCUGUUACUGCUCUCUGUUACUGCUCUCAGCUGCUGUUAUUGGUUACUUUGCUGAAAAUGGUGAUUAUUCCCAUUUACUGUUCUCUGUUACUGUUCUCAGCUGCUGUUAUCAGCUACCAACUUACCACUGAUCAGCGUCCGAACAAUCACGGUGCUUCGCUAUUUCCAUUGCUUCGGUGAAAACGGUUAUUAUUUUCGAUUUAAUGGUCUCAGCUCCUGUGCUCAACUGCCGUAGUCCGUUACCACUGAUGAUUCUCAGGUACUGUUCUCAGUGAUUGUACUGGAGAUAUUCACUCCUUGAUAGGGGCUCAGCGGAGAACGAGUCUCGGGUGUAUACAAUUCGCCGUACUUUUCCAUGCACUUUGCGGCUAACCUAAGAGAUUUUGCACCUUCCAUUUCGGCGCAUGAAUUUGGGUACUUGUGAACCACCCUGGCACUGACAGACGUGGAGAAAAAAGAUUCAGAUAGAGUCAGAACAGCUCCAAGAAGAGCUGGACAGCUCUGAGGAGCCUCAGAAUGCAUUCCUUGAUAGGGGCUCAGCGAAGAACGAGUCUCGGGUGUAAUACAAUGCGCCAUAAUUUUCCAUGCAAUUUGCGGCUAACCUAAGAGAGACUUUGCAUCUCCAUUUCGCUGCAUAAGUUUGGGUACUUGUGAACCACCCUGCCAGUGACAGACCUGGAGAAAAAAGAUUCGGACACAGUCAGAACAGCUCCAAGAGGAGCUGGACAGCUCUGAGGAGCCUCAGAAGAGGCGGCCUGAAUCUGAGACAGCGUCAUGGACCGGAUUCAUCGCCGUCAUGUCUGGUAGGAACUGAGAUGGGAACAAGUGGGUCAUGUCUGGUAUGAACUGGGACGGGAACAAGUGGGAAGGGAGGAGACGUCGCGGGAAGGGACAAACGACGAGGCCAAGGGAGUUGAUUGAGCUGGUCCGUUGCAGGGAUUCCUUAAUCGGGGAUGUGAGAAGUUGCUACAUUUUCCUAACCAAGAUGUGAAGAGGUGCUACAUUUUCCUGAACAAGACAAGGAUAACGAUAAGCUAACAAGGGGAAGGAGGUGAUGGCAGCGGGCACAAGAUGGUUUAUCACGGUUCUAAGACCUUG